AUGUGGCGGGCGCUGGCAGGAGCGCGGCGGCUCCUGCGGCCGCUCGGGGCCGCGGCCGGGGGCGCCCCGCGGGCGGAGCCGCCGCCAUCCCGGGCCCCGCCGGGUCGGGGCUGCGCGGCGGCGGCGGCGGGAGGCGGAGCCGGGCCCGGGGCGCUGGGGGCGGCGGAGCAGCGCCAGCCGGCAGAUACUGUUCUUCCCAAGUUCAACAUUGACUUGGCUGUAGCACUGCUGAGGCAGGAAAAUGCUAAAGACAUCUGUGUCAUCCAGCUAUCUCCAGAACUAAAAUACUGUGAUUAUUUUAUAAUUGUGAGCGGAUUUUCAACACGGCAUCUUCAUGCAAUGGCAAAUUACAUGCUGAAAAUGUACAAGCAUCUCAAAGAAGAAGGUGGUCCUCAUAUUCAGAUUGAAGGAAAAGAGACAGAUGACUGGCUGUGCAUUGAUUUUGGUAACAUAGUGGUUCAUUUCAUGCUGCCAGAGACACGAGAGGUUUAUGAACUGGAGAAGCUGUGGACUCUUGGUCCCUAUGAUGACCAGUUAGCACAGAUGAUUCCACAGUCCCUGCCAAAGGACUUUAUCUUUGGACUGACUCCCAACAGCAGUGAUCAUCUUGAGACAAGAACUUAAAGCAGCUACUGCAUGGAAAGAGGACGAGAGUGCCUGAGUCACAGAGUCUUGAGAGCUGAGUAGUCAGUACAGUUGAUCAGUACAAAACUGUGGUUUUAUUGGGUGUGCCCAGGUAGAGUUCUGAGCAAGCUAAAGUGAGCAGCAUCAUAGAAUCAUUAAGAUUGCAAAAAACUCUCAAGAUUAGAGUCCAACCAUGAAAUGUCAAAGGAAUCCUAUCAGAGCUUCCCAGGAGAGCCAUUGGCUUAGUGGAGUUUGCAGUGAGAGGAGCGGGGCGAAGACAGCUGCUUAAGCUGGAACUCUUGCUCAGCCCCUAGAGUAAUUGUUUUUCUAAUAUCUUUGGAAGACACCCUGUAGUGGCAGUGCAAAACAGAAUGGAGUGCUGCAAGGAAAAACUGUGAAAUACUACAGUUGAGAUGACUCUUCUUGUGUUGAGCCAUUUGCUUCUGGUCACAAUAAAGCAAGUCAUGGUCUGAAGGGGGGACAGAAAACAAACUGGUGUUACUGAGAACAUAAAAGCCAAGAGCAACAGUGACAAAUAAAUGUGCUUUGAGUUAUCAGAACAGUAAAUCAGUUUUCCAGCCAAGGCAAACCUGGUUUUAAUAAUAAUAAAAAAGCCCCAAACUGAA